CUUAAACAAAAGCUAAUGCCCCAGACUUUGACCAUAUCUUGAUAUUUGUAUUUCAAAUCGACUGGCCUUUAGUUAUGUUUGCUCUAUCUGACCAAAAAAAAACAAACAUCAGUGCCAACUUAAACUAGAAGAACAUUAAACUGAUAGAUAGUGUUUCAAAGUUUCUACCACUAGAGGGAAACAGAGAGGCUAGAUAGAGAGAGAUAGAAGGAAAGGACAAGAACAUCACUUCCUUAAGUGUAUUCGCCAUUGAAAGUUUACAUAUUAGCACGUUGGACAGCCGCCCGUCAACAGCUGAAGAAUGGCGUACCUAACAGAAGACUUUGACCACGAUCAGCCACAAAUAAGCAUCAAUCGGCAUGUCCAGGAGAGUGGUGAUGCAGGUUUCUCUAUGCACAUGGUGCACAAGUUUACUGAUCCUGAUGAAAACCCUUGUCUGCCAAUAGUGGCUAAAAACAGCUCUGUGCGACCCAUAACAAAUGAAGGAAUCUCUGAGCUUCCAGAGAAAGCAGAAAAAAACAUCACCAGAAGAUGGUACCGAGUUACAGGGUGUUGGAAAAGGGUUCGGGAAAUUACAACGUGUGGGUGUGGAACAAGAAAGCUACCCUCAAUUGAUGCCCUCAGGGGAAAAGGGCGAGCUAGAGGAAGCUGUGAAGCAACCUGAAGUUUCCGCCAUGAUAGAAGCAGAUGAAAUGGGGGGAGGAGAUGGCUGCAAAAUGGAUGCCAAGCCAAAAAACCCACAAAAAGGUCAAUCAUCGGCUCCAGGAACGGGAAGAAAAAAGAAGUGCCAUGGGAGGGAAAGAAAGGAGAGCCAGAGGACUGCAGUUUACCUUGGCAUUUUGGUGGCCAUUACACUACUGCAUGUCACUGAUGCAUUUCCUGCAGGUUUCUGCUAUACCUGCAAGGACAAAGAAAAAUGCCAACAUUUAUUGGCGAUAUAUGAUGGUAAUAAUGACACUACUCCGCUAUACUCGAGACCGCUUGACGAGGACAUCCCUGAAUGCUCUAGAAGCUCUACUCCCCUAAACAUCUGCUUUGCCUGCCGAGGAGCAAAGAACGUCCUCAUCCACUGCUCAAAGAACAUCACCAACCUACAGCCAGAGGGCAACAGUGGAUUUAUAGACAACGUCUCUCCAGGAUGUGAACAGGAGCUGAAAUCAGAUGUUGGCCACCAUGCUCAUCUUGGGCUCAUCUUUAGUGCUGCUCUCUUUGCGAUUGUGAUUGUGAUUGCCAUACUGGCAUGCUGGCGAUCUAAAUUAACAGGUGAUCAAGAAAGGCAGUGCCAAGCCAAAGGCCACCUCCCCACUUUCAGACAGCUUCGCUUCGCGCCACUCCAACAUAACCCAGCUGCCUUCUCUUUAUUUGGCAUUUGGCUUUUUGCUUUUGAUUGUGUUUCUGUAAACAAAUUUAAUUAAACAUGAUCAUAUUUUUGUACUGAAUCAAUACUUGUUAUUCUGUUGUUAAAUC